AAUGGGACAAAACCAGGGCAAGGAGGGGGAGCUAGGGCAGGACAACAGCUCUGCAGGACCAGAGGAAAAGGGACCAAGCCCAGACCCCGGGGGGGCCAAAGAGGAAGGAAAUCUAACCAUUGAAACUCAUGGUGUCGAGAACACAGCCGGUGGAGGGUUGGAUGGAGGCCCAGGCAGGGAGUCACCAUCACCUACACCAAUGCAUGGUUUGGAUUAUCAUGAUAAGGUGUGCGCUCCCACGGAUGGGGGGGCUGCGGAGGGAGGGGAUUGCGGGAAAGAGGGAGGAAGAAAGAGUAGUGAGGAAGGCAGGGCUGGACCGCUGGCUCCACAGCAGCUGAAUGGAAUCACACAGUCUGACAGUGAACCAGACCACGAGAGAAAAGACUUGGAGAGUACACUAGAAGACCAUCAGGGGAACUUUAGGUGUGACCUUCCUGCAAAAGACAAAGUUGAAAGCGGUUGCAAAGGAGAAAACAGGAGUAAGAAGUGCGCUUCACAUGCAAAGAACGAAAUGGAGUCUGUCUGUGGAGAUGACGACAAGCUAAAGAGCCAGGAAGGGGACAGAAAACUCGAUUUUGAAGCCACCUGUGAUACUACAGGGCCUACCUUGGAGAUUCUGGAAGGGAAGGACGUUUCAAAACCACGUGGUGGGGACGCCAACACAAAUGUUCACUUCACAGUUCAAGACCAAGCGUUAGUCAAUACAGAAAACGUCAAGUUGAAGACCAGCAUGACUGAAUCGCAAAACAAGAGGCCGAUUAACAAGCCCACAACAUCACAAGCGGAAACAUCAAAGGACAUCACUGAGGCAAUUGAGCACAGCAACGAAGAAAUACAGAAGAAGCUGCCAGAGAAUCCAGAUAAGGUUGUAACAGAAACGAAGAACGUCGAAACCCAAGGGUGGUCAGUGAAGGAUGUCUACGGAGCCAGAGAACCAGAAACCUCCAGCGCCGAACGCUCGUCCCUGAUGAAUGCAGAAACCCAGGAGCGGUCGAUGAAGGAUGUCUGCAGAGCCAGAGAAAACGUUACGGGGCGUCAGCCAACAGAUGAUGUCAUAAAGACCAGAUUUACUAGUUCAUCUCUGGCAGGUGCGGAUUUACAAAGCAAAGCUGUGAGUCUGAGCCCAGAGGACCUCAGUGCCUUAGAAGUGGCAUCCAAGUCACCUCGGGGUCACUCAGAGAGCCAUCGCCAAAUAUCUGCGGGCGAAUUCCCACAGGACGAGCUUCAGAAAGAAAGGCAAUUUAAUGUGUCAGACUCAGAGAGCCCUUGGACCAAGGAACCUUCACUUGGGAGAUCACCCGCUGGAGGUCAUAAAAAUAAAGAUGGCAUGAGAGAGAGUGAAGAAAGAGAAAAUCUGGAAUCUGCUUCAAAGGGUCCCUAUCAUUCCCAUGCAAAGAAAACCAAGAUAAAAGAUCUUUCUCUGCGUGGAACAGAAACGGAAGAGGGUUGUUUUGUGACAUCUAAUAUUGCCAGUGUAUGUAUGCUGGGUGAAAACAAACCACGGCUACAAAGCUAUGAAGAUGAGAAAUGUAUUGCAUUCUCUGAAGACAUUACAGAUUCGAACCCCCCUUGUAAAUCUGAUGUUCAAGUUAUGCAAACAAAUGAAAAAGAGGAUUCCCCUCUUUCAGCAAAGGCCAAAGUACGCACAGAGAAAAGUCUGGAAUGGUUUCUGGCUGAAGCAGCGAUAAAACCCCUUCCAGAGACAGUGAAGGAUACUACACAUGAGAUGGAUCCAGAAUGUUCCUCUUUUGUAAGUGAUCCUACAAAACAACAGAGGUUAGUGGGAAACGCUAAUUCGGGCGACAUGUCGUCAUCAGAGAGAGACAAGGUCGGCAAGUCUACUUUCAGCUUGCGUAAGGAAACAUCUGCAACUGGUUCCAUCUCUGAGCUCAUUGCUGGUCCGGAGACAACUUCAGGUCGCAUAGAUGAUAGGCCAAGUGUGCACAAGAAAACAGAAGUCACUCUGUCUGGUUCUUCUCAGCUUCAAGAAAAAUGUUUUUUGAAGGUUUUAACAAAUGCGUCAACCCAUUCCACUGUAAGCCCGACAGACGUAUCCGGUCAGGUCCGGGAUGGUUGUGCUGCCGGAGCUGCAUUAACAGACAACGCAGCAAACACAUCUGCUGCACAAGAUGUGCAUCAUUCCUCCUCCAUGUGCAACCUUAUAAGCAUGCAAGCUAACGAGAAACAAGAUAAACAGCAGAACAAGCGGUCGACAAAAGCAAAUUAUGUGUUACAGGAGAAACAUUCAAGCCAGCUUGACCAAAAGCACGCAAUAGAAAGCAGCCCAACCACCAACAUGGAAGCACCACAGGGUGCACAGAAAAGACAUGUUUCUGAUAUGAUAAAGGAAACUAUUGAAUUGCAGAAGAAGAUGAAGGAGUGGACCAAGCCAGCUGAGGCCCAGGUCGAUCUGACCUUAGAUCCAACACAGUCUGUGAAAGUGUCACGGAUGAAAGCAGCAUUUGAUCCACCGAAGAAAUCACCUGACAAAGCACUAGAGAGAAAACCUUCAGUAAGAAAAGAUAUGUUCAAACGGGUUGUGCGACAGAGUAAGUUCCGGCAUGUGUUCGGCCAGGCGGUGAAGAACGACCAAUGCUAUGAUGACAUCAGGGUGUCCCGGGUCACGUGGGAUAGCGCCUUCUGUGCAGUCAACCCCAAAUUUGUUGCCAUAAUUGUGGAAGCCAGCGGAGGAGGAGCGUUCAUGGUUUUGCCUCUUCAUAAGUCGGGCCGUAUUGAUAAGGCCUACCCUACAGUAUGUGGCCACACUGGCCCUGUUCUGGACAUUGACUGGUGCCCUCACAAUGACCAUGUCAUCGCUAGUGGAUCUGAAGACUGCACCGUGAUGGAAAAUAUGGAGGAGCCAGUUUCUGUCCAUGAGAUGGACACCAGUAACGGAGUCCUCCUGCCCUUCUAUGAUCCUGAUACUAACGUGGUCUACCUGUGUGGAAAGGGUGACAGCAGUAUCCGUUACUUUGAGAUCACAGACGAAGCUCCUUUUGUCCAUUACCUCAACACCUUUACCACUAAGGAGCCUCAGAGGGGCAUGGGAUACAUGCCCAAGAGAGGGCUGGAUGUCAACAAGUGCGAGAUCGCAAGGUUUUACAAACUGCAUGAGAGAAAGUGUGAACCUAUCAUCAUGACCGUGCCAAGAAAAUCGGACUUGUUCCAGGAUGACCUUUACCCCGACACGGCGGGUCCGGAUGCCCCCCUGGAGGCCGAGGAAUGGUUUGAAGGGAAGAACGGAGAACCUGUCCUGAUAUCCCUGAAACAUGGAUACAUCCCAGGCAAGAACCGUGAUCUCAAAGUGGUCAAGAAGAACAUCCUAGACAACAAGAUGAGCAAGAAUACAGAGAAUACUGCCCCUGCCGUCAAGACUGCCACCUCCACACCAUCUAUCAAAAGUGAAGCUAAGCUGGAAGAGGUUUUGAAAGAAAUAAAAUCUCUCAGAGAGCUGGUCAGCAGUCAGGAAAAAAGAAUUGCCAAACUUGAGGAGCAGCUGUCUAAAAUGGACGUCUAAUGGACCCUGAUCCCUUCCCCUUCUAUUCAGGAUAUCCCAUUGGCCAGGUGGGCGGGACCCGUCACUGCCAAUCACCAUGACAGCGUUCCGUCUGAAGCCUGCCUUGAAAAGACUCCAACCAACAUUCCAAGAUGAUCUUUUUUUUUCUUCUUUCUUUCUUUGCAAUCCCCAAAACCUGUUUAUACCUCAUAGCCAUUUGGAAAACUAGAAACUCCUUCAAUUUCUCUCAAAAUUUGACCUGUUAAGCUUUUUACUCAGUCUCACUCCAAAUCUUUCUGCAACGGCUGUGUUUUAUCUGGUGUUCUUGAAAGUUCUUAAGUUUUUUUUUGUUUUGUUUUUCUUAUUAAAAUUGUGACCAAGCAGAUUGCAUCAUGAAGCAGUUACAUGAACUUGAUGAGCUCAAAGUUUGAAGUAGCCAUCAGUAUUGCAGUUCUCACCCUUCUGAGUUGCCAAAUUUAAUGAGGAGUUAUGCACCUCCCUGACACUGUUUGACUAGCUUUUCAUUUUGUACUUUGUAUAAGGGACAAAGCUAUAUGCUAGUAAUGCAAGGAGGGGAAAUCAUUGGAACCAUUCGUCAAUGUUAUAGGUGUCUUUCUAGAAAA